AUGAAACGAGCUUUGGUAAUUGGCAAUGAUGAUUAUCCUUUCGAACAUCAAAAGCUAGAAUCAUGCGUCGACGAUGCGAAUGACAUGCACGAUGCCUUGCGCAUAAUCGGAUUUGACGUGCUACGCAAAACAAAUAUUCCAUUCAAAGAUACGCAAAUAGCCACUAAAACAUUUCUACAAUCGAUUCAACCGGGUGAUACUGCUCUUUUCUACUUUUCUGGCCAUGGUUGUCAAUUAGAUGGUAUAAACUAUUUGAUUCCAACUAACGACACAGAAAUUGAUGAAGAAUCUGUUAAACAUCGUACUUUAAAUGCUCAGAAACUGACUACGGAUGUGCAUGUUCGAAAUCCAGGAUUGUUCAUCAUGGUUCUCGAUUGUUGCCGAGAUAAUCCGUUUGCUGAUCAGGCAAGUCUAAAGAACUUCUUCGGCUUCAGGUCAAAACGAUUCAAGGAUGGACUUGCACCGAUGAAAGGACCACCGUCGACAAUCAUUGCUUAUGCGUGUGCACCCGACCAAUUAUCACUAGCUGGCGGCGGGAACCAGCGUAAUAGCGCGUAUACUUGCACUCUGCUUCAUUAUAUCGUAUUGCCGAUGGAUAUCAAGACAGUCUUUCAAAAAACAGCUAUUGAUGUUCACAAAACUACUGGACGUUACCAACAACCGUACUUGUCUAUCAACUACAAUAAGCCAAUGUACCUUGUGAACAAUUACAUGGCUAAUAAUCCAGCGUUGCAGAAUUUCUUGCGUAGACGGCGUCCUUGUGGACCGUACGUUGCGCCUCCGAAAAGACGAGAUGCUACUAGGAAUCAUCAAUCUCGGGUCGAUAUGUCACAGCAUCGAUGGAACGCUCAAUUCGGCAUGGCAAAUAAUUAUCGAUCUCGGACCAAUAACUCACGAAUAAAAAAUACAGCAUUGAAUAUUUGUCGAUCACUCUUACUUGGUGGUGUGGGUGAAGCAGAGAGUAAAAGGACCAAGGGUGAAAGGGCGGAUUUUUGGAAUUUUUAA